AUGAAUCCCUCAGCUCUGACCAGCUCUGUUAAUCUACGUCCUCGCAACCGCCGCCGAACGCACGAAGAUGAAGAUGACAAUCCUUUGCCCCUGCCCGCGAUGCAACAUCACGAUAUCAACACCGCCAGCACAUCCCCACCAAGAGGCGUCUCACCAUCGUCGCGGUCAACUCAAACGCAGACUACAAGGAGAGCACCAGUCCAAACAAGUUUCAAUCAGUUUCUUAGAGUGCCAGAUCUAGAUUCUUCUAAAGCUUCUACUUCAACAUUAUGGGGAAAUACCUGGUCCUCGCUACGGACAUUGGCAUCUGAUGUUAUAGGCAACCAUGCUUCGAGGCCGUCAAGUCCGGCUAUCUCUCCCGAUAGGGAUCGCGGGCAUCACAAGGCCACCCCUGGCCGUCAUAGUAGUGCUCCAGCUGCGCCAUGGGGUCCAUCUGCUCCGACAAAUGUUGGAGUCGGGAGAGGAACAAUAGAAGGGCGGCGGGCAGAGCUUGAGGCAAAGAAGCGAGAGAGGCUUCUGAUGGCAAAUGGCCACGUGACCCUUGAUACUUCUGGGCGGUACAAGAGAAGGGGCUCGGAUGAAAGAAAUCGAGUGUUAGUUCCUUCAUCGGAGAUCGAAGAGCGAGAGGCUUUGGUUUACGUCCAUAAAGUGAAACCUGGAGAUACGCUUGCCGGGGUGAUGAUCAAAUACAAUUGCCAGUCACAGGUCUUUCGAAAGGUCAACAGACUAUGGCCAAACGACAGUAUUCAGGUUCGCAAAAUCGUGCUCUUGCCAGUCGAUGCCUGCAGUGUCAGGGGCCGGAAGGUCUCGGACUCUGAACUACCAUUGCAAAAUCAUGAACAGGAGGUAACGCCCGGAUCUAUGGCGACUCAGCCAUCAUUGACCGGUGAGUAUAAGAAGCACGAAGAGAAGGAUACACCGUUCUCCAGUAUUCCAACAUCACCAUCCAUCUCUAUCUCGUUCUCAAAUCCUGAGGAGCCCUACAAGCAUGAUUCUUGGGUCAUCAUUGAUGGCAUUUCGGAAGUAAUAGAAAUAGCACGCCUAUCUCGACGAGCCCUAGGAUACUUUCCCCGUAGCAGACGAAAAUCCCUCAGCUCUUCAGACCUCGAUUCUCCAAUGCCCUCAUUAGAUUUACCCAGAGGUAGCUUUCAGUCAGAUCUCUCGCCCAGGCCUGCAAGGUCACGAUCAUCCUCCCUGGCUAAUCUGCAGGCUCGUGCUGGGGGUGUUGGCACCAUGAACCGGAAUGUUCGAAGCCCUGGUCCCGCAAAUGAUGGUUUAAAUAGGCUGUUUCCUACUCUGGAACAACGGAUGGUUUCGAAACCGGUGCUAGAAUUCCAAGAUCUGAGCUCGAGCGGACUCGAACACGUUGGAGGUGCUAUUGAGGGUUGGGUCCGCAAAGUAGCAAGCAAAGCCUCCUCAUCUUUCCAGUCCCCUGCACUGUCAGGGCGUCCCGGAGAGGGGGAUCUGAUCGAACUGAGUGAGGACGCUUUCGACCUCGGAGAAAGCCAUUCGCACUCGGAGGGACGGCAAAAUACUGCGCUGGCUGGGCUAGAACAUCGUGAUCCGAAUGCAGCGAAUGAUGUCCUCGGCUACGACAGCUUUGAACCUCGCGGCCGGACUUUUGGAGACCUUUCGAGACGUAGGGGAUGA